GCUUCAACUCUUUAUAUAAACUCUCCCCACUUCUUCAUUUCUUGCAACCACAUUAUGUAUAUCUUUCGCCAAUUGCCACUCCUCCUCCUCUGUUUUUUCAUUCCAUUCUCCGCUGCAGCGCCUCUCCAUCGAGGCGCCCCUGCCUCGCGUUGGCUCAGUGCCACUGCCACCUGGUACGGGAGCCCUGACGGCGAUGGCAGUGAUGGAGGUGCAUGUGGGUACGGAUCAAUGGUGGAUGUGAAGCCAUACAGGGCGAGAGUUGGCGCGGUGAGUCCGAUUUUGUUCAAAGGUGGUGAAGGUUGCGGCGCCUGUUACAAGGUCAGGUGUUUGGACAGGUCUAUUUGCGCCCGCAGAGCUGUCACUGUGAUCAUCACUGAUGAGUGCCCCGGGGGCUAUUGCUCCGGGGGCCGCACACAUUUUGACCUCAGCGGAGCUGCAUUCGGCCGUUUGGCAGUCUCUGGUGAACGUAACCAGCUCCGCAACCGUGGUGUCAUCCCUGUCACCUACCGCAGGACAGCGUGUAAAUAUCCGGGGAAAAACAUAGCGUUUAAGGUGAAUGAAGGAUCGACUGAUCAUUGGCUUUCUCUUUUAGUUGAGUUUGAGGAUGGUGAUGGGGAUCUUGGUUCCAUGCAUAUUAAACAGGCAGGAUCAAGCGAGUGGCUAGAGAUGAGUCACGUCUGGGGAGCAACCUGGUGCAAAAAUGGAGGACCGUUGAAAGGACCAUUUUCAGUGAAAGUAACGACUCUGGCAACCGCUAAAACGCUAUCUGCUAGAGAUGUUAUUCCAGCCAAUUGGUCUCCGAAAGCCACUUACACCUCCCGCCUUAAUUUCUUCGUCUAGCUAGCAACCAGCCU